GGAACGUCAAUGGGAUCCGGAGCCCCCUGCAAGGGAUGAUAUACGAGGAGCCCAGCAACUAUGCCGCCAUGGUCGUGGGGCGCAUUUUGGACAAGCUGGACGCCGACAUCGUGUGUUUUCAGGAGACGAAAGUGACCAGUGAGCGCUCAGAAGUCCAGGACCCAUACCAUACUUUACCUUUUCUACUAACUUUUGCCCCCUACUUAUUAUCAUUUUACUUUCCUAUUUCUCUAUCCGUAGAGUCCUCUUAGACACGGUUCAGAAUCCUGAUCCCCUCCCCCUUAAACUCCUAUCUCUCACGCCAGCUUUAUGUCUUAAUUCCCACUUCAUCUCCUGUCCUCCGCAGAACCUUAAUUCCCUCACCCUUGUAACCUUCAUCCUCGCUCAGAUCCCCUAAUUUCCACUCAUCCUGUCCCAGAUCAGUACUCCAAAUUUCCAAUUUCCACACCCUGUCCAGCUCCAACUCUCAAAUUAGAUCCCCCAACUCCCCUUCCUUGCUCCCAGCUCAGAUCCUUUAAUUUCCACCCCACCUUUGCCCUCAGUUCAGAUUAUCUAAUUCCUUCCUUUUUACCUCUCCAUCUCAGAUCCUCAGUUCUCCCCUCACGUCCCCUAUUUCUCUACCCCCAUCUCUCCUUCCCAGACUGAGAACCUUAUAUCAUUUCUAUCACAUGUCCCACCCCAAGAUUAGAUCCCCUAAGUUACCUCUCUCACACACCCUAGCUCAACACCCCCAUUCCUUCCCUCUCCCAUGAGCCCCCUCUAAGACCCUCUAACUACAUUUCCCUCCAUCCCCAAUUCAGAUCCUCUAAUUGCCUCCCUCUCAUACCUCCUAUUCCUAGCUCAGAUUCCCAGUUCCGUCUCCCAUAUUCCCAUUCCCCACCUCCAGCUCCCUCCAUUAACCUAAUCAUUAGCUUCCUCUCACCUAAUUCCCUUCCUCACAUUCCAUAGCCUCCCCCUCCUUAUAUCAAUUUCUUCUCUAGUCCCUACCUUUCUAGCUUCUCCUCUAAUCAUAGAUAUUUCCUCCCAACUCUGGCUCUGAUAUGUGCAAGGAAUUAGCCUACAACUGUUAAUUACAGACCUUUGUGUAUCUGGGGCUUUACUUUAGGGGUUUUUUCUUUUGUUUGUUUAUUUGUUUGUUUUUGCAGGGGAUGUGCUGACAGAGCCCCUGGCUAUCACUGAGGGCUAUAACUCCUAUUUCAGCUUCAGCCGCAGCCGCAGUGGCUAUUCUGCACAUGGGAAGGGAAAGAGAAGAUCUUGACCCUAAUCAACGUGUACUGCCCCCACGCGGACCCUGGGAAACCUGAGCGGCUGGCAUUUAAGAUGCGCUUCUAUAGCUUGCUGAAGAUCCGAGCAGAAGCCCUCCUGGCAGCUGGCAGCCAUGUGAUCAUUCUUGGUGACCUGAAUACAGCCCACCGCCCCAUUGACCACUGGGAUGCAGUCAACCUGGAAUGCUUUGAAGAGGACCCAGGGCGCAAGUGGAUGGACGGCUUGCUCAGUAGCCUGGGAUGCCAGACUGGGUCUCAUGUGGGGCCAUUCAUUGAUAGCUACCGCUGCUUCCAGCCAAAGCAGGAGGGGGCAUUCACCUGCUGGUCAGCAGUCAGUGGUGCCCGGCAUUUGAAUUAUGGCUCCCGGCUUGACUAUGUGCUGGGGGACCGGACCCUGGUAAUAGACACUUUCCAGGACUCCUUCCUACUGCCUGAGGUGAUGGGUUCUGACCAUUGCCCUGUGGGUGCAGUCUUGAGUGUGUCCUCUGUGCCAGCAAAAGAGUGCCCACCUCUGUGUACCCGCUUCCUCCCUGAGUUUGCAGGCACCCAGCUCAAGAUCCGUCGCUUCCUAGUUCGUCUCAAAGAUCCUGUGUUCAGGCAUUCAGCACUGAAACUCAACAAUAAAACCCAGGUACAAAUGCACCAAAACAAAGCCCGUGUGCGCUCAACCAGGCCUCGGCCAAGUCAAGCUGGCUCCAGCAGAGGCCAAAAAAACCUGACAAGCUACUUCCAGCCAUCUUCCAGCCAUCCCCAAGCUUCUCCUAACUUGGAACUUCCUAGUGUGGGUGCCCUCGUGACCCCAAAGACAUCAGAAAAGGAGGUGAUGGCCAAAGUGGUAGAGGGGCAGGCCAGUGCUUCAGAGGCCAAGGAUGAGAAGGAGAUAUGGACCUCUUUUUGGAAGUCUGUGCUAGGGGGGCCCUUGUCCAUGCCCCUCUGUAGGGGCCACAGGGAGCCAUGUGUGAGGCGAACUGUGAAGAAGCCAGGACCCAACCUGGGCCGCCACUUCUAUAUCUGUGCCAGGCCCCAGGGUCCUCCCACUGACCCUUCCUCCCGCUGCAACUUCUUUCUCUGGAGCAGGCCCAGCUGAAUCAACCCAGGCCUAGGGAUAUCUAUCAUGGUUAACCUUGUACAUACUCAGGCCAGCCCCCUCCUAGGCUACCUCUUCCUUCCCCAAGUCCUCCUCCUCUUCUUCCACUUUCCUCAAGGACCCUUCCCUUUCCUCUUUCUCUUCCUCUUCCUUCUUUAAGGCCUCUCUUACUCUUUCUUCUUCCUGCCUAGCUCCUCCUCAUUGGUGAGCUACUUGUUUGUGCCCUAUUGCUGUGACCCAAUUCCCCAAUGUGCUUCCCACCUUCCUGUCAGAAGUACACAGGAACCAAUUGCCGUAGAAAGUUGGUUUUAAACCCCUUUAUUCCUUGCUGACAAAUAUAUCUGUGCCUAAAUAAAGUCUGUUUUUAUUUUA